CGUGACGAUGUCGUAAAUAUUGACGCUCUUUAAUUAUAAAACGAUACUUAAUUCGAGAGAAUUACGGCCAGUUUAUGAAUCACGUGUCGUGUGGUGUUGACAAGCCUAAAAUGCACUCCCUUCGUUUACUUUAUACAAUUAAUUAAAGCAAUAUACCUAGUAGGUAAACUAAACUAAAGGGGCAAGUUUAGAGUAAAAAUGUAUUUUAAUUUACUAAGUGCACAUAUGCAAAUAAUAUAUUUUAACUACUAUCAAUGUAAACUUAUAAUCUGGCAAUCACAUUUCCUUCAAAUUCCGCGUGCACAUCAGGCGCCUGUGUGACCAGCCACCGCCAGUUGGCGCUACAAUUGCGUCAUCCAUCAUGGUCCAAGACGUUCGACCUCGCCAUUGGUUCUAUUUUAGUCACGUGGUUUAUUAAUUUGUUUUGUAGGCGGUACAUCGUAGAGCUUUAAGGAAAUCCCGUAUGUAGUAGGGGAACAGAAAAAAGAACCUCUAUGUAAUAGCCUAGUGCGCCGCAAACCCCCCACCGAAUAACCGUCUACACGCUAAGAGAACUACCGCUGAAGUUCCAGUAAAAUUAAUGAUCAUGAGCUCGUUUUUGAUGAACCCGGUUUCUGGAGCCGCUAUAUCGUCAAGUUACCAACAGCCACAGCAUCUCGCAGCGGGUGUAGUUGUAGAUCCUAAAUUUCCACCUAGUGAGGAAUAUAGUCAAAGUAAUUAUAUAUCGUCCGGCGGCGAUUUUUUCGGUGGUCAUCAUCAGCCGCAGCAUCACAUACAAUAUGGAUAUCACAAUCACCAUCAAGCUACAACCACUCCAUACGGUCCGUCGAACAGUGGCGGGUAUGCAGGUUACAGUAACUAUUAUCACCCUCAAUUACAUUCGCAUCACACCGCUUCAUUACACCCACAUCAAUUGCGCCCCGCAAUACCGAUGCACCCGGAUACGCAACCGUCGUCUCACAUGCAAUGCGGGCUUCAAACACAUCAACCGCCUCAUACACCCUCCACAAGUUCAAGUACGUUAUUACAAAAUAUUGCCGACGUUGCACCAAGUGUAACGCAAGCUAGUGAUGUGAAUUCCGGUGUGUGUAGCCCCGCGUCAACGGGGCACGGUCAGGACUCUGGCGGAUCACCUGCAGGACCCCAUUCCUUACAGGAAUUAGGGCUGCGCCUGGAAGACAACGGCUCGGACGAGCAGGAAGACGUCGACGAUGACCCUGACGGGUCACCUGUGCCGGAUGACGACGAUGACGAAGCUAACGAAUCGGGUGAUAGGGUUAUUUACCCGUGGAUGAAAAAAAUACACGUUGCCGGAGUCGAUUCAAUGAAGUUUGGCAACUCGGGAGAACCUCAACUGUUCGGAUCUAGCGGUACCUUCGUGCCGGGAAUGGAACCGAAACGACAAAGGACCGCCUAUACGAGACAUCAAAUAUUAGAGCUCGAAAAAGAAUUCCACUAUAAUAGAUAUUUAACGAGACGACGGCGAAUAGAAAUAGCUCACACGUUAGUGCUUUCUGAAAGACAAAUUAAAAUCUGGUUUCAGAAUAGAAGAAUGAAAUGGAAGAAAGAUAACAAAUUACCCAACACGAAAAAUGUAAGGAGAAAAACCAAUCCCGCUGGGGUCACGACAACGACAAGCAAACCUGUGACGAAAGGACGCGGAAAAACACAAAACAGCACUUCGGGUAAUAAUAAUGAUCGACGGAAAAACAGCUCCAGGGGCGACAUAGAGGGACUAGGAGAAAAUAUGUUAGACGUUCCAUUAUCGGGCGGUCACCAAAUUCCUUCUGCUAUAAGUCAUUCACAUGCUCAUCCUAUGGGCGCACCUAAUUUACAUCAUCCCGGAAUGCUUCAUGGUGGACAGAACAUCCAUAUGGGACAUAUAGGUUCGUCAUUAGCGCCAUUAUCUUUAUCACCUGGUUGUGCACCGACACAAAGUGCGUCGCCUAUCAUUAAGUCGGACUAUGGGCUGACUGCCUUGUAAAUAAAUUAACGUGUAAAGUGACGAUUGAUAAUCGUGGUAUAGUUCGACAAUACAGACACCGCCGUUUACUGUGUAAAAGUGAUUUCUGAGACAUUCUCCAAUUAGUUUCAAUACGAAAAUACGGUUUAAAUUAUUUCAAUUAUUAGCAAUCGGAAUACUUGUUGUAAGUUUUGUUUUCGUUCGUUUCUGUCUAUAUUACGCGUUUUUUCGGACUAUUUUUAUAUGGGCAUAGUUAAUGAUUUGUACAAUAUUUAUCGUGUUUUGUGCCAUUUACCUUUAAGUGUUUUUUUGUUAAAAAUGUUAUCAGUUUCUAUUGCGUAUUUUUAUUGCUCGCUCUCUUAAAACAAUGAUGCGAUACAGGAAGAGGAUGCUACGUAUUCCUUUACCUAAGUAAUUUGUUACAAAUAAUUUGGCACAAUUGUAACAAUAAGUCGAGUAUAGAUACUUGUUUAAUUACUGUAACUCUUAUUUUCAUUCGUCAUGAUUGAUAUCGAUGACUAGCAAAUUUGGUCCAGGUAGCUCGAGUUAUAUAUACAAAGUGUGUAAGCAGGUGUCCACAGUAUUAACCCCAUUCAAUGAAAUAUAGCACAACAACAAACGUCCUUAUUUAUAAGUCAUUUUUACAAAAUCUAAUUAGUCUUUUUGUGUUGUUAUUAGAAUUGCAGUAAAUUAAUUGAACCAAAGAUUAAAAUUUUAAUGAACUGGAAUCAUUCGAUAUAAUGUUUCUAUUUCUCAAAUAACUAAUUAGGUGCCUCUUUCUGUGCUAGAAUUGUUAUUUAUUACAAAAUGAAAAGUAUUACUUCUAUUUAUGUACCUUUUAUCUUAUAAAUUAUGCAUGUAAGUAAGUAUAAAAUUGUGUGAUUCUGUACAUUAGUAAUACAAUUAGUGGACUUUCGAAUGUCACUAUUAUAUUCUAGCUCUCUCGCUAA